CGUUCUCCUCUCCAUUGCCUCGGCCUCAGCUUCAGCUUCUUCUUCGUAUCUUCUAUUCUCUCUCCUAUGGGGAAUCUGCUCUCGGGCCAAGCGCACGACGGCAAGGUCGUGCUCCCCGACGGCACCGUCCUUGAGCUCGACCGCCCGACGUCCGUGGCGGAGCUCAUGCUCGAGCACCCGCGCCAGUACGUGCUCGACCUGCGGUCCCUGUCCGCCGGCAACUCCAACGCUGCACCGCUCCCCGCGGAUCACAUGCUGGAGGCCGGUAAGGCCUACGUGAUGCUUCCGAUGGCCCGUGGGAGAGCCACCGGCUUGUCGGCGGGCGAGGCCCGUCGGGUCCUGGCGGCGGCAACCCGAUCGAUGACGAAGAUGCAGCAACCGCCGUGCACGCGCGCGGUGGGGAUGACGGAGAGCGAGCGAGCGGAAUGGCCGGCAGAGGAGUUUGAGGAGGGAACGGAGUUCUUCAGGCGGCAGCAUUCGAGCAAACGGUGGAAGCCGAGCCUUGGUACGAUAGAGGAGGAGAGUUUGGAGAGGAAGGUGCCUCAUUGGUUGUUUUAAGAGCUGCAGUUGCAUGUAACAGUAGUUAUUAUGGUUAUGUGCCUAUGGGUGUACGAGAAUUAAGUUGCGGAGGA